UCUGCUGGUGUCUCUCUCUCUUUUGGCUUUUUUAUUCUGUUGGGUCUCCACCAUGUUGGGAUGGCUACUUCUACGGACUUUGCUGGUCCUUUGGCUGGCGCAUAGUGCGCACCUGAAGAACAAUGGAAAUGGUGGGGGUGUUGGAAGGAUGUUGAUGCCAUCCAAUGGAUAUGGAUACAAGGGAAAUGGUUACAGUGCUGGAGCUGGAGUGCCCAAUGGAAACGGUGCCAAACCCAAUGGUUAUGGUGCUCCUGCAGCUAUGUCCAAUGGAAAUGGUUAUUAUGGUGCUCCUGCAGCUGUGCCUAAUGGAAAUGGUGCUAAACCCAAUGGAUAUGGUGCUCCAGCUGCUGUACCCUAUGGUCAAAGGUCAAAAAGCUAUAGUGCUCCAGCUGCUGUACCCAAUGGAAAUGGUCAAAAAUCAAAAGGUUAUGGUGCCGGUGUGCCUAAUGGCAAUGGACAAGGAGCUAAACACAAUGGUUACGGCGCUGCUCCAGCUGCUGUGUCCAACGGACAAGGAGCUAAGCACAAUGCUCUAGGUCAAGGAGCUGGAGCUGGUGCACCCAAUGGACGUGGUGCUCCGAAUCCAAAUGCUGGCAUGAAAGGACCCAUGAAAGGAUACGGCCGACCACCUUUUGGUGCAGGUGCUUCUCUUGGAGUGGGGACUCGAAAGGGUCUGGGGGUACCUCAACUAGCUACAAACAGGAGGGGAAUGUAUGGCAGUAAUGGGUAUGGCUCACAGCCAAUGAAUGGCUACAGGCCAAAUGGUGCCUAUGCCAGGGCUGGUCUUGGCCUGGGUGGUGGCCUCUCGGCUGGAUACUCUAAUGGAGGAAGCCAAAAAAGACCCACGCAUGGUUACGGCGGUCCCAAUGGACAAGGUGUUAAACCCAAUGGUUAUGGUGCUCCUGCAGCUGUGCCAAAUGGAAAUGGUGCGAAAAAAAACAAAGGCUAUGGUGCUGGAGCUGAUGUGCCAAAUGCACAAGGUGCCAAACCCAAUGGUUAUAGUGCUGGAGCUGGUGUACCCAAUGGACAAGGAGCUAAACCCAAUGGUUAUGGUGGUGUACCCAAUGGAUAUGGUCUCAGACCCAGUGGGUAUGGAUAUCCCAAUGGUGGGGCAAAGGCACCCAAACCAGGUUAUGGUGCUGGAGCUGGUGUGUCCAAUGGACACGGAGCUAAUGGUUAUGGGAAUGGAUCACCUCAACCUCAAAAUACUAAAGGUGUCGGAGCAGGUGCACCCAUUGGAGGAACUGAAGCGUCCAAUGGAGGAACUAAAGCACCAAAUGGUGGGUAUGGUGUUCCUGCUGGUGUACCCAAUGGACAUUUGGCUAAAGUAGUCAAUACUGGUUAUGGUCCAGGAGCUGGUGUCCCCAUUGGCUUGGGUGCUAAACCCAAUGGUUACGGAGGAGGAACUGGUGUAAACGGAGGUGGUGCCCCCAAUGGCUAUGGUGCGAAACCCAAUGGUUACGGUGUCGGAGCCGGUGCACCGAACGGACGUGGAGCCAACCCCAAUGGUUAUGGUGCAGGAGCUGGUGUACCAAAUGGAGGUGGUGUCCCCAAUGGCUAUGGUGCCAAACCAAAUGGUGAUGGUGCUGUUGCAGGAGGCUAUAAUCCUGUUGCUGCUGGCUAUGGAUAUGGACCUGGAGCAGGUGAAAAUCCUUUUGCAGGAAAACCCAAACAACAUAGUGGUUAUGGUCAAGGUGUCUACCAUGGAGCUGGUUAUGGAUAUGGCGCAGCUGCAAAUGGAAAUGGCUACGGUGCACCUGCAAUUGGUGUGCCUGCUGGUAUGGAGGGAAAAUCAGGUGGGGUUGGUGCAGGACUUGGAGAGCCUGCAAAUGGCGGCAAAUAUGGUGGUUCCGGACCUUAUGGCGGAGCUCCAAUCAUUCCUGCUGGACUGGAUGGAACAAGUCAGUUUGAACCUCAACCUGCUGGCCUACGUCCUGAUGUGAAAUCAGGUGGAAUAUAUGGUGGAUUGGGUGGGCCAUAUGGUGGUCAGCCCCUCGGAAUGGGCCCAGAGGCAACAUCUCAGACCAAAUAUGGCAUUGGGGGGUUGCCAUUUGGUGGUCAACCCCUUGGGUUGGAGACUGAUGGUGCAGGCAAGUAUGGAAAUGGUGGAAUCGCCAACGCACCUGAUGUUGGCAAGUCAGUUGGUAAAUACGGAAAUGGUGGUCUACCCUAUGGAUCUCAGACUCUUGGAUUGGGUGCCGAAUCCAAAUCCUCUGGAAAAUACGGCGGGCUGGGCACUGGAAUGGGAGGGGAUCCUGCACCUGGAAAAUAUGGAUAUGGUGCACCCUAUGAUGGGCAACGUCUUGGCCUAGGGGGUGAUCCUGGGAAAUCAGCUGGCAAGUAUGGCUAUGGAGAGGUGCCAUACGAGCCUCAGCCUCUUGGACUUGGCCCCGAUUCUGGUAAAUCGAAUGGAAAAUAUGGACAGGGUGGGUUGCCAUACGAGCCUCACCCUCUUGGGCUCGGUCCAGAUGCUGGAAAAUCUGCAGGCAAAUAUGGGGGCGGUGCACCAGAAUCCUAUGCACCAGAACCUCUUGGCCUUGGUGGUGAAGGACAGAAAUCUGCGGGGAAAUAUGGUAACCUUGGACCAUACGAGCCACAGACCCUUGGAUCAGUCACUGAUGGCAAAUCCACCGGACAAUACGAAAAUCCUUUGCCUCAUGAGCCUUUGCCCCUCGAAUCAGAGGCUGUCGGAAAGUCAUACGGUAACGAGAGAAUAGGAGAAAUAGCACCAGCACAACCUACUAGACUUGAAGAAGAGGGAAAAUCUACUGACAAAUAUGGCAAUGGGGGUUAUAUAAAUGGACAAGUUCAGCCAGAAGUUGUCUCCUUCCCCCCAGCUCCCACUCCUUGGCCCUCCAUCUCCUAUCCCCCCAUCCCCUCAUUUGUGCCCGUAGUGUCCUUCUUCCCCCCCGAGGCCCCUGCCGCAGCUGUUUCAGAGGCCCCACCCAAGCCUGUGGGCACUGCCAGCCUCUCCCUUGCAUCUGCGCCCAGCACCCAAAUGAAAGCCCCGCCACACGGGCCUGACACUGCGUUGCUUCAGCCACCGCACCAGAUACACAUUCAGCAGCACCUCAAGCUGCACAUUCACCCGCAGGGCAAAUCAUGGCGAGGAGGUGCAAAGGAGAAGAAAUAUGAAUUAACAGGAUUCUUUGGGAAUAGUGGAUACUAAGGUAAAACAUUCAAGGUUGACCAGGGUGACGGUGGCCAUUUACAGCGUUUAACUUCACUAGAUUUUUUUUACAUUGCUGUUGUUGUUGUAUAUUUGUUUUAAUUCCCUUUUUAAUUGAUCUCUAGUUUUUGUAUAAUUAUUCAUAUAUCCCUGUCCAUGCCAAACCAGUCCUGCCUGACAUAUUUUUCAUAGUUUUCAUGCCAUGUCUGUAAUAUCACUAGAACUAAGAAAACACACAUUUAAGUCUUGUUAGGGCAUACCUUCUUUGUAGUUUAUAUUUUCUACAAAUGUAUCUUGAUUAUGUGUCUGUCUUAUUUCAUUUCGUAACCACCUGUCUUACUCCACUUACUGGAUAAGGUGAAUCAUGUUUUGAGAGUUUGUGUGCUACAAAUAUUUAAUGUGUUGAUUGAAUCAGUCCAGUUUUUGUCUGCAUAGUUUUAUAAACUCAAACUCAAACAAAUGUAUUUUGUAUGGGAAAGUUUUUUGUUUUGUUUUACUACCUGUGGCAAACACCUGUACAUUUUUGGACAGUUUUGAUGGAAUAAAA